CUAAUCAUUAUCGAGUUUCGAUUUCUUUGUUUGUUUGUUUCGUGUUGGAGAUUUCAGAGGGGCAGCUCGAUUAUUAGAUUAUUGAGAGUGAUCCGCAUCUUGAAGGUCUAUACCGUCACCUGUUUCUGGAGUGAUCAACCAACAUAAUGUGGGAGGAAGGUACUAGUAGCCCGAAAGGGUUACCUGACUCCAAACAAUAUGACGCAGUUUUCAAUGAACUAAUGCAGGAAUGUAAGCACAGCGCCCCGGGAGCUCGCUUAUCUGCUCGACUGCGCACCGCUCUAGAAAGGAUGCCGCCGGCGGCGCGUCGCGCGGUGUGCAGCCGCACGCGCGACGGGUGCGCGCCACUGUUUGUCGCGUGCCGGCGCGGCAACGUGGAGCUGGUGGAGUACCUAGUGCACGUGUGCGCCGCCGACCUCGAGCAGCGCGGCGUUUACGAGGUGCCGCACGACCGCAGCACGCACUCCGUGACGCCGCUGUGGUGCGCCGCCGUCGCCGGGCGGCUUCCCGUGUUGCGCGCGCUCGCCGACGCCGGCGCCGCGCUCGACGCCGCCUCCGACAGCGGCUCCACUCCCGUGCGCUCCGCCUGCUUCAUGACGCACCUCGACGUGGUGCGCCUGCUGCUCGAGCGCGGCGCUGACCUGCACCGCCCCAACCACAACGGCGGCACGUGCCUCAUCAACGCUGUGCAGUCGGUGCCGCUGUGCGCGCUGCUGCUGGAUCACGGCGCGCGCCCCGACCACCAGGACAUGCAGCUGAAGACGGCCCUGCACUACGCCGUGCAGGAGCACCGCCUGGAGACGGCACGCCUGCUGCUGGAGCGCGGCGCCGACCCGCACCUGCGCUCGCGGGCGGGCGACGACGCGCUGCGCACUGCCUGCCUCAAGGGCGCUACUCAGAUCGUGGAGCUGCUGGUGUCCCGGGUGCAGUACAGCGCGGAGCGGGUGGCGGACGCGUACGAGCUGCUCGGCGCGACGCAGCUGGACGAGUUCAACGACGUGCACGCCGCGCUCGCCGCCUGGCGACACGCCACCGCCAUCAGACACGCGCACGGACAAUACAUAGAGAAGCGCAACUGGGAGGGGCUGACGGAGUGGUCGGUGGGCGGGACCGGCGCGGCGGCGCUGGGCGGGGCUCGCGAGUGGCGCACGCCGGCCGAGCUCGCGGCGAUCGCGGCGGACGUGGACGCGUUACGCGCCGCCGCGCUGCUCGUAGCUGUCCGCGUGCUCGGCGUGCAACACAAAGACACCGUGUUCCGGCUUAUGUACCGCGGCGCGGCGUACGCGGACGCGUUCCGGUACCAGCGGUGCAUCGACCUGUGGAUGUGGGCGCUCGAGAUCCGCAUCGAGAAGGACUCGCUGCUGUACUCCGACACGUGCCAGACCGCCAGCGCGCUCACCCGCCUGCUGCUAGACGCGCGCAGCGGCCGCCUCGAGCGCGCCGCCGGCGUGCCGCGCCCCCGCGACGUGCUGCGCGCCUUCCGCCUGCUCGCCGACGCCCUGCCCGCCGCCCGCGCCGCGCUCCGCCCCCGCCCCGUGCACCGCCGGCAAGCCGACAACUACGACCGCGCCCUGCGCUGCGCCUCCCACCUGCUGCACCUGCUGGCCGCCGCGCCCGCCGGCGCCCCCGCCGACGCCGCCGCCGUGCCGCCCGCCGACGUGGCGGCCGCCGUGCGCGCGCUCGUCGCCGCCGAUGUCCGCAGUGCCAGCACCGGCGACACGCUGCUGCACCUGUGCGUGUCGCGGCUCAACGUGGUCCGCAGCACGUACUUCGCGGACGAGAGCGCGGGCGGCGUGUUCCCGAGCGCGGCGGCGGUGCGCCUGCUGCUGCGCUGCGGCGCGGACCCGCUGGCGCGCAACGAGGCGCGCAGCACGGCGCUGCACGUGGCGGCCGUGCCGUACAACUACACGGGCGCGCUGGUGGCGGCGCUGCUGGAGGCGGGCGCGCACCUCGACACGCCCAACCGCUUCGGCGACCGCGCGGCGGACCUGGUGCUGCACAACCGCGCGGCGCGGCUGCGGCCGCUGCGAUACGUGACGCUGCGGUGCCUGGCGGCGCGCGCGCUGCUGGCGGCGCACCCCGCCCCGCUGCCGCCCGGCGUGCUGCCCCAAGAGCUGGAGCGCUUCCUCGACCUGCACCGCCCCUAGACGCCGCGACCGCGACGCUUUAUAAUUUUCUACGCUCGAUACCGCUGCUCGUGAUGAACUCCUGGAAUCCGCCUAAUGUUUUAUCGAUUACACGAUGUUUUAUGAGUUAUCACUGAAUGUUUAGGGAUCGUAAUAUCCGAUGUAUGUUAGAAAAUACAUGAAAUUUUAAUUGUAAUCUUAAAUCUAUAAGCAUAAGUAGUUUAUGUUCCUGGUAUUAACCUUGAUGUACUCUAAAUACUAUUAUUUGUCCCUACAUUACAUUGCACCCAGUACAGUACUUAUAAAAAUUUGGCAAUGUGCUUGCUGCUUCACCUGUUUUUAAUUUUGAUCUCAAUUUUGUUAGAAGCUUCCAAUUUAUUAGGAAGUUAUAGAAAUUAUUUAAUAAAAUGAAUAUAAUUUUCUAUUAGUAAGAUUUAUAUCAAUUGAGUCUAUUAGAGAUACUCUCAAAAUUAUAAUAUUAU